UUUUUCCAACUUGAUUCUGACUCUCAGAGAUCCGAGCGCUGAGCGUAAAUGACCGGUUGCGGAGUACUGCCACAUCAUUAAGCAAACCACAUCGCGCGCCUCUAUCCAACGUCCAUCAUACGUUGAUGUUUGUGCUUCUAAUCGCAAUAGACCAGCUGACAGACAUUAGCAUUAGAUCUAUAGACUCAUCACGGCCUAGGUUCAAAAAUGCCGACCGUUGCACCCCUCCCAACAUAUCCUCCUGCAAGUGCCAGAAAGUCCUUAUCAGCCUCCCAGCUCGCAACUUUCCAUAGCAACUUAUCAAACGCCCUCUCUGAAAUCCUUGCACUACCUCCCGCAAGACGAGAUACCCUUGCCACCCGUAGUUUUCUGUUCAGCUACGUUAAUAACGUUGCCCAUCAAACCUUGCAAUCUCUCAUCUGGGAUGCUCCACCGUAUACGGACAAUCAUGUACACGCACGCGUCCUGUUCCUCGCGGAAAAGCUAGCUAUCGUACCCUCUUGCUUCGAUGUGAAGGCACUCCUUGACAUCGCCAUCGCAUACUUUCCUUACCCAACCCGUGUCCGUGCCCUUUUCGCUACAGCCCUCGCUAGCACACCAAACCUUGCUACUGUAUUUACCUCAGAUAUGGUUCCUGUGCUCACCACUCUUCUCGAACCAUCCCGCUCUGCCGGUUUAUACGGCCUUCGCAAAACCUCACGCUGCUUUCUCAGUCUGCUCUCUGGUUGUCCACCCGAACUCGUGCGUCCAUUCGCGAGGGACCACGACUUCAUGAUAGGACUUGCACAAGCUUACGAAGAAGGACUCGCUGCACUAGCACGUUCGUACGGUGGAAUGCGCACAGACGUCGGCAUACGUGAGCUGGAUGACUGGGAGCGCAUUUGGCUCGAAACCAAAGUCGACCUCAUAGACAGUUUUCAAGUUAUCAUCACAACCAUGCUCCAAGACCUCUCAGUCGCAUCCGGCACAGCGUUGGCAGCAGAGUCAGAGCGGACGUUUAGCAUUAUAUUUGCACUAUUGAACCUCCCACCCCCACUAGCAGUACAAACGGGUGGCACUGCUACUAGCACUGCUGCUCCAUUCCUCAACCGAUCGUUGAUAGCCGACUAUCAGCACUCGUAUGACUUGUCUAGCACUCUUGCAUCUGCUCUACGCCGUGCUGCACGUGAAGAUGCCCGAGUUGACCUGCUCGAGUCCACCCUUCGUUCCUUCGAUAUUGAGUCUUCCGCCGCUGGGACAAAAGAUCCUGGAGCACUCAAGCUGAUCAUCAAAUCAUCUGGCAUCCCGCCUGGCACCUCUGCUUCUGGGAAGGCCAAGUCUUCAAGCAAGGGCAAAACUAAAGCAGGCCGCCCUGAACCUGAGCCGCAUGAUCUCGACGUGGAGAUCUUGCAGGUCAUGGAUAUUUUCCCAAACCAAUCGCCCGAGUAUAUCCGGGGGCUCCUCACGCAGUCUGUGUUCAAGAAUGCAGAGAAGGUUAUUGAAGCACUAUUGGAGGGCACUGCGGGUGCAGUGCCCUCUGCUGCAGAGGAUGUCGGUGCGAACAAAAGUGCCCAUACUGUACCCAAUGAGCCUAUUGAGAGAAAGAACGUGUUUGACGACGAGGUAUUAGAUAUUACCAAGAUACACGUGGGGAAGAAAAAUCAAGAUGAGGCAUCAAUGCUCAGGGACAGAGCAGCCACCGAGCAAAUGAAAGCUGACAUUCUUCGACGUGCAGAGGCCAUGUAUGACGAAGAGGAAGAUGAAGACAGCGGCAAGGCUGCCGAAGUCGAUCAUGAUCUCGACUUUGGAAACGAGGUGAAGGUUAUUGGUGAUGGAGAGGCUAGCAGCGAGGGCGAAAACGAUGGCGACGAGGAUGGGGUACCGCCGUCGAAAGUCACUCCAGAGACUGUUUUGGAGCUUGCGUAUAUCCGUGAUCCGGAGCUGUUUGCUAGAGAUGCUAAUACACGGAGGUCGAAAGCACGCAGUGAACUCAAAACACAGACCGGCUGGUCCGAUGAGCAAAUUGAGGGAUGGAGGAUUAUGCUGGAACGUAGUCCAAACAAAGACGAGAUCUUAGAGAAACACGAGUUUUCAGGGAAUAGGCUAGUAGAUUUGUCAACGACCGGAAACGCAGGUGGUUCUGGGUCAUCGUCCCGUGGUGGAGAUCACGGAAGAGGCAGGGGUGCGCGCGGAGCAGGGAGAGGAAGGGGGCGCGGCCGAGGGUCUGGAGAUGGUGGUGAUGCGAGAGAGCGAGCAUCGAAAGACAAGCACAAAGCUAGCAGGGGGAACCACAAUCGGAAAAGGGGACAUGACAAGAAGAUGGCCAAAGCCGGUCCAUCUUAA